UCUGCAUGUUCGGAAGCAGCUUGCAGUGUUUUGGGGGAAAGCAGGAAAAAAAAAGCCUGUGGAGUUUACUGGCUGUGCGUGCUUUUAUUUUAUCCUUAAUUAUAAAGAAAAUAAUUCCAAGAAGGCCACGUGAACGAAGAGGCAAAACACCAGCGCUGGAAAGAUUUUAUUCUUUCGAAUUUAUUUAUUUAUUUACCUUUUUUUUUUUUUUUUUUUUGGACACACUGGUGCAUUGAGUGAGCUGUGAGAGCUGUGAGGUCUGAUCUCUCUAUCUGCAUUGAGGGGAAGGGGAGAAAAAAAAGGACGGAAUAAAAAGGGGCGAAUAAAAUGCGGCGCUGAUCGGAACCCCACAUGAAAAAAAAACGAGUCCCUGCUCAUUUCCUGCUGGAUUCCUUUCCUUAGUUACUUUGUUUCUUUUUUCUUCCUUUGUAAAUUGCGCGUGCAUGAAUUCUCUCUCUCUCUCUCUCUCUCUCUCUCUCUCUCUCUCUCUCACUCUCUCUCUCUCUCCUGAAGUGGUCAUGCCUUUUGUCUUUUUAUUCGGAAUCGUUGCGCGGAGCCAUUUCACGAUGAGGCUUGACUAACACACACACACACGCACACACACACAGAGGAGUUUAAAAAUGAGGAAGCAUUUUUUAAAAGAUACUAAAAAGACCCAGGCCUCGUCGUCAGUAUGGCCCGGUUUGCCUGAGAAAAGGAGGAAAGGAAUGACAGCCGAAUAAAGAGGGGACUAAAGGAUGGACCACGCGUACAGAACACGGACAGCACCAACGACGGCGGUGUGUGUGUGUGUGCGCGCGCGCGCGACUUUACCAUCGAGCCGAACAAAAUGAAGCGAUUCGACUCCUGAACGUCGGUUUAUUGUGUUUCAAGAAAACAACAAUAAUAAUAAUAAAAUAAUAAUAAUAAUAAACCCCUUUCCGGGGUUUUCCCCCCAAGACGCAGUUUAAUGCCAACCCUCUGAGUUUUCUUUUAAUUACCUUUUUUUUUAAUUUAUUUAUUUUUUUUUUAACUUUGAUCUUUUUUUGAUCCGGAUCCAGCGUUCAUAUUGUUCAAUGGAAGUAUGUUAUCAGUUACCGGUGUUGCCUCUGGACAGGCCGGUUCCCAAGCACGUGCUGAGCCGGAGAGGAGCGAUCAGCUUCAGCUCGAGCUCGUCUCUGUUCGGUGCUCCGGACCCGCGGCAGCUGGCGCAGAGACGUGGCGCAAUCUCUUACGACAGUUCUGAUCAAACUGCUCUGUAUAUUCGCAUGCUAGGGGCUUGUGUAAUAUUCAAACAGCUGUUUUCAAGAGAUGUGAGAGUGAGAAGCCAGGCAGGAUUUGAACCCGAGCGAAGAGGCUCGCACCCGUACCUGGGUGUCGAUUUCCGCACCUUACACUCCCGUGCCGAGUCAGCGGGAUCGAUUCCAGCCCGGAGGAUCCGCAGGCUGUUCAGUUUCCAGCGUCACCUCCUGUCGUCCCGGUUACUGCGCGGAGCGCCGCACCUGAACCCCCUGCACAUCCUAGAUGAAGAUUACUGCGGACAAGCCAGGUGUAUGUUGGAAAAGGUUGGGAGCUGGAAUUUUGACAUUUUCCUCUUCGACAGGCUGACAAACGGAAACAGCCUCGUCCACUUGACCUUAUAUCUGCUAAAUCAUUACGGCUUAAUUGAGCUCUUCCAGUUGGACAUGGUUAAAGUACGGCGCUUUUUAGUACUGAUUCAGGAGGAUUACCACAAUCACAACCCAUACCAUAACUCGGUCCAUGCUGCUGACGUGACCCAGGCCAUGCACUGUUACCUGAAGGAGCCCAAGCUUGCCAAGUCCCUCACUUCCUGUGAUAUCCUCUUGGGCCUUCUGGCAGCAGCCACUCAUGACCUGGACCACCCCGGGGUCAAUCAACCAUUUCUCAUCAAAACCAACCAUUACCUAGCCUCUUUGUACAGGAAUACCUCAGUUCUGGAGAACCAUCACUGGAGGUCGGCAGUGGGUUUGCUGCGAGAGACUAAGCUUUUCUCCCAUCUUCCCUCAGAGGACAGUGUGAACAUGGAGAGGCAGUUGGGUUCUCUGAUUCUGGCCACAGAUAUCAGCAGGCAGAACGAAUACCUGUCCAGGUUUAGGAAGCAUCUGGACCAGGAGGAGCUGUGUCUGGGAAAUGCCUCUCACCGCCACUUCAUCCUGCAGAUGGCCCUGAAGUGUGCAGAUAUCUGUAACCCAUGUAGGCCUUGGGAACUCAGCAAGCAGUGGAGUGAAAAGGUUACUGAAGAAUUCUUCCACCAAGGAGACAUCGAGAAAAAGCACAAACUUGAAGUGAGCCCACUGUGCGACAGCGACACGAACUCUACAGCGGAUGUCCAGAUCGGUUUCAUGACGUACGUGGUGGAGCCGCUGUUCGCAGAGUGGGCUCGUUUCUCAGACACGCGUCUCUCUCAGACCAUGCUGGGUCACCUGUGCCUGAACAAAGCCAGCUGGAAGGCCCUGCAGCCAGAGGAGGCCGAGUUCGAGCAGGACGGCGGCUCCAGAGCCUUACCUCAGGGAAGAGUCGAGUCCUGACACUGCCUCGCCCUGCCUCGCCCUGCCCUGUCCUCAAGCUUUCAAUCACUUCUGAUUUGCUCACCUUCCAUCUCAAACCAACCACUGAUUUAUUUAAUUUAUUUAAUUUUCACUUUUUAUUUUUCCCUUUCACAUAAAGCAAUACAUGGAUACCUCAUUCAGAUACUGCUGCGAUUUUCAUUCUUACUCUUAUACUUUUUUUUAUGUCAUUUUAUUUAUUAAGAUUUAUUUGGGUAUAUUUUUAGUUUUGUUUUCAUCCCGGGGAACAUCGCUGAACGAACUCGACUGGGGUUUGGGGAACGCCGAAUGCGACGGUUCCCUUCUGCUGGGUCAAAAGUGCCAUUUUUUCCACCCCUUAUUGAAUUGCUCAAACACCGAGAGUAUUCACAUGAGUUUUUAAACGACUGCGCCAAGAGACAGUGUGUGUGUGUGUGUGUGUGUGUGUGCGUGCGUGCGCGUGCGUGCACGGGUGUGUGUGUGUGUGUCGGUGCAUUUUGCAAACGAAUCUUCCUUGUUGUGUACAAAACUGAAAGAGAAAAAAAGACAAAUGUGAAGAGCCCAGUCAUUUGCUGCCUCUACGAAGACUGUUUACAGAUUGUCUUUUUUUUUGUUGUUGUUUUUGUUGUUUAAAUUGUUAUAAAUGAAUCAUGUUGGUUCUGUGACUUUUUUCUUUCCUUUUGCCUUUAAGCACAGAUGUGAAGAACCACUUUUACAUGUUUUGAACUGUUGUGUUACUGCUGAUGUUCUGAACAAAGAAAAAGAAAAGAAAAGAAAAAAAACAACAACAACAACAAAGGACUGCACUUGAGUCAGUCUGAAACUCCAGAUGCCAUACAAGCGCCAUCUCGUGCUCCGUUGUGAAAUUUUCGCCCUGCACUCCAGAUUCUGGUGCCACAUGAUUCGGACCUGCAGCUGUUUCUGCUGUGAAUGGACCAGGAACCGGCUUUCCUCCUCCUAUCCUCCCUUUCUCAUCCUAACACACACUCCUUCUCUCUUUCCCUACAACUCAUCCUCACUUCUCCUUCACCGCAUCUGCUAUCUCCUUCUGUCACUCUACCUUCUAACCCCCCUUUCCUCCUCCAUCACGUCUGACCCACUACCCCCUUUUCCCUCUCUCAUCACUUUCAAACCCUCCCUUUCCCCUUCAUCACUCUAUCCUCCUGAGCCCUGGAUCCAGCCUGGUGCCACACAGGACAUGUAGCUGAUUGGAAUCUCUACGGAUCUCGCUCAGGGUCUCGCAAACCUGCUCGUCACUCCGCUGGAAGAAAAGAGGAAGCGAAAGGUGCCUUUUAUAGGUAGCUGUCCCCUCCCCGUCGUCUGGUAACAGCAGACGACAGACGUAGAUCUAGACUCCCUUUCGGAAAGCGUCUCGGCCACAGUCAAGCUCUCCAUCCAGAAGACUGCUUCAAAAUGAUGCCUUAAAACUAUGCACAAAGCUAAGUGACCAAACCAGCUUGGAAUUUCAUUAAAGCACGUCAUCACGUCCGUUUGAUUCUCGUCCAGCUCUUUGCCUUCUGUCAUGGGAGAAUUUUUUAAAAAAUAUAUUAAUAUAUGGCGGAUAAAUUGAUUUAAUAUUUAGGUUUGUUUUUUUUUUUUAACAUUGAACAUUCCAUUUUUUUACUCUGUACAGAUAGUGCAGUUUUUUUUUGUUUUGUUUGUAUGUUUGGUUUUUUUUUGCGCAUCUCUUCCAGAAAGAGAGCAGGUGCUUUUUUCCCCCCCCUUAUUUUAGCUGAUUUGUAUUUUUGUUGUAAGUGCUGUAAGACUGUUGAUUAAAAAAAAAACUGUUUACAAUUUGUUGUAACAGCCAUUUUGGGGAGAAGACUUAAGUGUCAAGCCAUUUUGUAAAGGCUUUGUCGUACAGACUUUUUGAUACAUGCUUGUUGCAGUUGCAUUUUUGACGAAUAAAAAUCGUUGACAUGAUGUUUCAUGGUACAGAAUGACACCA